AUGUCCCUGGUCGCGCAAAGAAGAUAUAACUCCUUUUUUACCGAAUUUAUUAAGCAAGAAUUAUUAACAGAAGAACAAGCGGCAAGUAUCUCAGAAAAAUGCCAAGAAGAAGAAAUGGACUUCUGUGCUUACUUGUUAAAAACGGAGAUCGUUCCAACUUCUGAAAUUGCAAAAAUUCUUGCUCAUACAUUUAAAUACCCUUUAUUUAACUGGGAUACCUACGAUCCGCAAACCAUACCACGUUCAAUUAUUGAUGAGCGUAGUGUGGCGCAAACGGGCGUGCUGCCGUUAUACGUAAAGGGGAAUGAUACAAUUGUUUGUGCGAUUAGCAACCCGCAAAACGUUCAAGAAGUUGAGGCGGUCGGCAGCUAUACUGGAUUGAAGACUGAGAUUGUUAUUUCAGAUCACGCCAAGCUAAUGGACUUCAUUGGGCUAAACUUUUCCACUUAUGAAAUUAAUGGGAUAACAAAAGAAGACCUAAUUAAAAAAAUGGUCGAUGAUGGAACUGUAUUAGAGAAUAGACAACAAAAACAGGAGGUAGAUGAUCCUGAAAACAACACACCAUUAAUUAAUUUUUUAAAUAAAACUCUGCGUGAUGCCGUGCGAGAAAAAGCAUCAGAUUUGCAUUUUGAACCAUUUGAAAAACAUUAUCGAAUCCGUUUUCGUGUGGAUGGUGUAUUGCAGGAAGUUUCUAGUCUUCCUCCCGAAAUUGCUCCACGCAUCACAUCAAGAUUAAAGGUAUGGGCGGGUUUAGACAUUUCUGAAAAACGAUUGCCACAAGACGGUCGCAUACGCUUGGCUGUGACAGAUACCAAAUAUAUUGAUUUUCGUAUGAAUACUUUACCCACGGCGCAUGGUGAAAAAAUUGUAUUGCGUAUUUUGGAUGGGAGCUUAGCUAAACUGGGUAUUGAGAUGCUUGGUUUUAGCGCACUUCAAAAAGACAUGUACUUGGAUGCCUUGGCUCAACCUCAAGGAAUGAUUUUAAUUACUGGGUCAACUGGUUCGGGUAAGACAGUUUCUCUUUACACUGGCCUAAACCACCUUAAUAAAAUUGGGGUGAAUAUUUCAACUGCAGAAGAUCCAAUUGAAAUCAAUUUAGAUGGCAUUAACCAAGUAAGUGUGAACAUUAAAACUGGAUUGACAUUUGCAACUGCUUUACGUGCUUUUUUGCGACAAGAUCCCGAUGUAAUCAUGGUGGGUGAAAUACGUGACUUAGAGACAGCGGAAAUUGCUGUGAAAGCAGCACAAACAGGCCAUAUGGUGAUGUCCACGCUACAUACGAAUAGUGCGGCGGAAACCUUAUCUCGCUUACGCAAUAUGGGUAUCCCAAGCUACAACUUAGCAACCUCGGUAAACCUUGUUAUUGCCCAACGUCUUGUUCGUAAGUUAUGCCAGAAAUGUAAAGUAAUUGAUGAGAAUAUUUCUGAGCAUGUUUUGCAGGAACUUGGUUUUACAGAUGCGCAGAUUGAGACUGGAUUUACUAUAUACAAGGCCAAAACAACAGGGUGUGACUUAUGUGAUUCAGGCUAUAAAGGGCGCGUAGGAAUAUAUGAAGUGGUAAAGAUCACGCCUGAAAUAGCAAAAAUAAUUGUUGAGGAUGGGAAUGCAACUCAAAUAAAUGAGGUCUCUCAAAAACUAGGUUUUAAUAACUUGCGACAAUCUGGGCUUGAAAAGGUUCAGCUUGGUUUAACCAGUAUUUUAGAAGUAAUGCGCGUUACAACUAAUAAUUAA